AUGGUUCAAAUGAAGAAUGCUGCAAGCUUAGUCAAGUUUAUCCUGCCUGCACUUCCUGGAGCCAGGUUUAUCCUGCCUGCACUUCCUGGAGCCAGGUUUAUCCUGCCUGCACUUCAAGGAGUCAGGUUUAUCCUGGCUGCACUUUCAGGAGUCAGGUUUAUCCUGCCUGCACUUUCAGGAGCCAGGUUUAUCCUGUCUGCACUUUCAGGAGCCAGGUUUAUCCUGUCUGCACUUUCAGGAGCCAGGUUUAUCCUGCCUGCACUUUCAGGAGCCAGGUUUAUCCUGCCUGCACUUUCAGGAGCCAGGUUUAUCCUGCCUGCACUUUCAGGAGUCAGGUUUAUCCUGCCUGCACUUUCAGGAGCCAGGUUUAUCCUGUCUGCACUUUCAGGAGCCAGGUUUAUCCUGUCUGCACUUUCAGGAGCCAGGUUUAUCCUGCCUGCACUUCCAGGGGCCAGAUUCAUCGAUAUUCCUCAACUUAAAACUUCAUAUAGGAAAGUGUUACAGAAUUUAAGGACAGUUCCUUAA